UAAUUAUGUGAAAAGGAUUCAGAUGCAUGGAAGAAGCAGGUGUAGAAAAUGGAUGGAUGAUUCAGAAGAAUUUAGAUGGAUAGUUUUAAUUACACCCUAGCAGCAGAGGGAGCUAAACUCACUGAGUGGGCGGAUUUGCUCUGUCGUUGCCCACAUUCGGGAUUAACUUGUUUUUAUGUCGCCAUAUCGCUCAUAUUUUUACAUCGGUAGGCCAGAUGACUUGAUGAUUUUGAGAAAUAUCGCUUUGCUUCUGUAGGCCAUUCAUUUGAGCCUUCUGUGUGCGUUGGACUUGGGAAAUGAGACGUGGAUGUCCUGCGGCGCAGAUUGAGAGGCUGGUUGAGGAGCAGCACUGGAGUCGCACUGACCGAGCGUACAUCGCUGAUGUCCCGUCACGCUGAUAAUAAGAAUAAUAAUGGGGGCAGACGGAAGUAAAAACAGGAAGCUUCUGCGCUAUCAGAGGGCCUCAGGGGAGGUGGAGGAUGAGCACAUCCCGUCUGGGUGGCGAGGUCUCCUCUCCAGCAUGAGCCUGUCUAUCCCAGCAGGCCUCUGUCGCCUGGCACCGCCUGCCCUGCAUCUGGGUCAGCGUCGAAUGCUCCAAGGCAAGGCCCCCGAGGUCCCGGAGCACGUCCUGAGGUUGGCAGGAGUCGGUCCGGGCAAGUUGAGAGCAGAGUGGAGCCUGCCAGGGUUCGUUACCAUGUUCCUGCCUGAAUUCCCUCAGAGAUCGGUGCCUGGGCACGAGCACUUUCAGGUGCUGGGUUACAUUGCCAAAGGUUCAUUUGGACCAAUUCUGAAAGUGAAGGACAAGGCCAGACAGAAAACAUAUGCUGUUAAAGUUAUACCUAAAUCGGAGAUUUUAAGACUGGCGGUUUUGGAGCAAUCAAAAGAGGAAGUUAUAGUUCAGAGUCAGGUCCGUCACCCAUUUGUCCUCGACCUCCAGGACUGCUGGCAGACUCAGCGCCACCUUUACAUUAUGUGUGACUACUGCAGCACAGGGGACCUCUACACCUACUGGCAGAUGAUUGGUCAGUUCUCAGAGAAAACCGUGCAAAUAUUUGCAGCAGAGUUGGGAUGUGCACUCGGGUUUUUGCAUGACUUUGGGAUCAUCCACAGAGAUGUAAAGAUGGAAAACAUUCUACUGACAGACAACGGCCACCUCCGCUUGGCUGACUUUGGUUUGUCCCGUCGCCUGGAGAGAGGAGGAAGAGCCUUCACCAUCUGUGGAACCAUCCAGUACAUGGCUCCAGAGGUGCUGAGCGGUGGACCCUACAACCAUGCAGCCGAUUGGUGGUCGCUGGGAAUUCUGCUUUUCUCAUUGGCUACUGGGAAGUUCCCUGUGCCUCCAGAACCCGACCACUGCAGUAUGCUGAGGAAAGUAAGGUGUUUUCCUUAUGAAAUGCCACUCAGCCUCACUUCAUCGCUCUCCAUGUUAAUAACAGAGCUUUUGUGCAAAAAUCCCCUGCGCCGCCUGAGGACCCUGGAGCGUUUCAAACGUCAAACGUUCUUCUUUGGAACAUCUUUUGACCUCGACCUCCUUCAGCGUCAGCCUGUGGAGGUGAUCCUGGAGCUGAGAGAGAGACCAGACCGUGCUGCCAAAGCUCGACGGGGCCUCACUUUGUCCCUUCUGCCUCUCAAGGGCUUCGACUUUGACUCAAUGCUCAGCCCUGCCGCCACGCCGGACACACUGCUGGACGGAUACACACGCACAGCUGUGCCGCUGCCUGGCCCCUCGCUGCAGCCCCCUCAAGAAAAAGCUCCACGCAGGGAAGUCUUUGUAUGACAGACUUUAUGUCUGGUUGCAGUGUGGACAGGAAAGGCCAACAAGUUGUGCACAGAGAGCAUCUGACUUAUUUUAUACAACAAAUAAGAGAUUAAAAGUAAAGGAUUUAGGUACAAAGCCCAAUGUCCCCAUAUUUACUGUUCCUUGCAAAAGUAUCAAUACAACUUGAACUUUUUUACAUUUUGUCACAUUGUAGCCUCAAAACAGAAAUUUAUGAGAUAGAUCAACUCAAAUUAUUGCAUAAUUGUAAAAUGGAAGCACAAAUAUACACGGUUUCAAAUCUUUUAAAAGUAAAAAUCUUCAAAGUUUGUUAUUCAUUUAUAUUCAGCCAACAUAAUAAUAUAAAAUAAAGUUUGUGGUUGUAACAUGAUGCAAUGUAAAUGAUUCAAGCCUAACGAGUACUUUUUAUUUUAUUUAACAUGUCCACCUUUUUACACUUAACAUCUCUUUAGUUGUAUUUGUUCACUAGUUGUGUGCCAUUACCCAUUUAAUUAAACACCAAGAUUCUUCUCCCGGCUGGGCUGGCAGUACAUUGUGUUUUAAAGAUAAUUCAACCCUACACUGAAAUGUCAAACAAAUACAACUUAGAUAGAGCUACUAGACUAACUUGAUUUGUUGUAAAACCCAACCAAACUCCUUAAGAAUGAAGAGCAGAUUUUUGAACCUUUGCCUUUAUUUGUUAUGUUGAGUGAUCAUGAAUCCAUUUUUUAAACAAUUGGACAAAAGAAACUCUGUCCUGCCUGUAGAUUUAGCUGCAGGAGGAACUUCUCCCCUGCUCUCAGUGUGAAGCAUUCAACACAGCCUUAGCGUCUGAUGAGCAUGCUUGCAGCUCUGCAUUUAUUGCUCACAACCUGUGACUCAGGGGUGCAUUAGCUGGUUUUAUUAUUUAGCUUCAUUUUUCGCACCAAGUCAGACUCUAAAACAGUGAUUUAAAUAUGUGCUAAACAGCUCUUUGAGCUUCAUUUAAUGCUUUUAUAAAUACGAAGGCUAUUUUUUAUUGCAUUUUCCACACUAAAAAAAUGUUUCAAUAUUUUAUGAUUUUAUAAAUGAUGCACUGAUGUUUACCCAGAAAGCUUCACACGCACAAGUCUGAGCUUACAUUUUGGAUCAUAAAUUGCUUGUGUACAUAUUUAUAAAUAUUUAAGCAUAUUCCACUUUAUAAAAAUGAAAUGGACAUUUUGGAGAGUAUUUCCUCGUGUUAUGAUGUCUUUUUGCUGUAAAAAUGUAGCACAAACAAGAUGAAGAGUUCUGAAGAUUUCUUUUGUCUUUUUUGUGUGAUGAAAUGAUUUUGUUUGGCUAACUUUCCCCAACAUUGUGCCACAUUAUUGCAUCACGUGUUUGCUGAGUUAAGAAAUCACAUUCUGCAUUUACUUUGUUGAGUUACUCAACACACUUUACUCGCAGAUUGACAUUUAAAAGCUUAAAAUAAGCAGAAAUAAUAUGUGUCUAUUUGAAGAGCCCAUUCUUAUAUUUUUCUGGAAAGCUUUAGUAAUACUUUUCAGCCAUCUAUGCAAACACAGUCAGUCAGUCAGUCAUUUUCUACCACUUAUUCCAUAGUGGGUCGCGGAGAAGCUGGUGCCUAUCUCCAGCAGUCUAUGGGCGAGAGGCGGGGUACAUCCUGGACAGGUCGCCAGUCCAUCACAAGGCAACACACAAACAACCACGCACACUCACUCACAAACCUAAGGGCAAUUUAGAGUGACCAAUUAACCUAACAGGCAUGUCUUUGGACUGUUGGAGAAAGUACUUCUAAUAACAUGGGCAAAUGCUUUUACCAGCAUUCAUUGUGAUUAUUAUUAUUAUCAUUGUUAUUAUUAUCAAUAUUGUGGAGGACACUCUAAGCCCUAUCUGCUUUAGAUUUAAUCCGUUGACUUUCGUAAUUAAAAAAAAAUCGAAUUUACACAUAAAAAUAAAAAAUUGUUGUUUGCUCUUAACAGUACCGAUUAUAUUUGAUUAAGUAUUUAUUAAACAUCUUUUCUAAAAGAACAUGCAUAUUUGAUGUUUACAUGUCUAAAACCAGUCCAGUAUUUUGGCUACAAAAUACUUUGUCUAGAUACAAAACACACUCAAUGUCCCACUUGGAAGAUGCUUGUUGUAAGCCAAAAUAAAGCUACGAUUCCAUUUUGUCACAUUUCAACCACAAA